AUGGAAUACACAAAAGAUUAAAUAUAAGAUAUCAUUAGUUUUGUUGCUCAAAAAUGGGAUGAAAGACUCUUUGAUUAAGCAAAAUCUAAGUUUCACUCUAUAGUUGAGAUCGAUUAUACUUCUUUAGGAGCUCCUUCGGUUACACAUGAUCCCAUAGACAAUUUAUGUAAUAAUUGGAAAAUAGUCUUAAAUGGUUUUGAUAAGACUUUACAUACAGUUAAAGUAAAUUCAAUAGAAACAGAUAAUGAUUUGAUUGUAGUACAUUCAUCAGUUAAUGCCUAUCAUUUUAUUGCAAAUGUGCAAGAAGGAGAAGAAUGGACAAUUAAUGGGCAUUAUGUACACAAAUUGAAGAAUAUUGAUGGGACUCUUAAAAUAGUUUAUAUGAAACUAUAGGUUGAUGAAUAAUAAGGAAACUUAAAAUUGAUAAUGGAAUCAACUAAAAAGACAAUGACAAUUUAAUGAUUUAUAAUAGGAA